CGGCGGCCGGGGCAGCAGUCGCGGCUGGACACUACUUAAGCCGGGGGGCCAUCCGUUCCGGGAGCUUACCUUUGACCUCUCCCCGCUCGCCUCCUGCCUUGAUUUGUGACAGUAGGCUCUUUUGGGUUCUUGUGACCCAGCUAGCCAGAUCCCGACCCCAAACCAUGUUCCCGGUGAAGGUGAAAGUGGAGAAAUCAGAGUUGGAGAUGGCCAAAGCUCGGAACCAACUGGAUGCUGUUCUGCAGUGCCUGCUGGAGAAGAGUCACUUGGACAGGGAGCGUCUAGACGAGGAAGCUGGGAAAACUGCCUCAGAUACCCACAACAAAGAUUGCUCCAUCGCAGCCACUGGCAAAAGGCCAUCUGCCCGCUUCCCCCACCAGCGGAGGAAGAAGAGGAGGGAGAUGGAUGAUGGGCUGGCUGAAGGAGGGCCUCAGCGAUCCAACACAUAUGUGAUCAAGCUGUUUGACCGGAGUGUGGACUUGGCCCAGUUCAGUGAGAACACACCGCUGUACCCAAUCUGCCGAGCCUGGAUGCGCAACAGCCCCUCAGUGCGCGAGCGUGAACGCUCACCCAGCUCACCACUGCCCCCACUGCCCGAAGACGAGGAGGGUUCAGAAGUCACCAACAGCAAGAGUAGAGAUGUGUAUAAGCUGCCUCCACCUACAGCCCCUGGGCCACCUGGAGAUGCCUGCAGGUCACGAAUUCCAUCCCCACUGCAGCCUGAGACUCAGGGCACGCCCGAUGAUGAGCCCUCUGAGCCUGAACCUUCACCCUCCACACUCAUCUAUCGUAACAUGCAGCGCUGGAAACGCAUCCGCCAGAGGUGGAAGGAGGCAUCUCAUCGGAAUCAGCUUCGUUACUCAGAAAGCAUGAAGAUCCUACGGGAGAUGUACGAUCGACAGUGACAUUCCCAGUUCCCUCCAAUAAAUAUCCCCUUCCCUAC